AUGUUACACCAAAAUCAAUCGAAUAGUUUAUCUCCAAUACUUUUAUCACCAUCUUCAACAACAAUAACAAAUCAUAUUACUUUAUUUGAUAAUAGUGAUCAAGGUUCAGUUGAUUCCGAUUAUACAUCAUUAGGUAGUUCGAAAUUUUAUGGUAACAGUGGUUCAACAUCAUCACUACAUCGUCAAGGACGUUCACAUUCAAUAGAUGAAUUAGCAUCAACAACAACAAUACCAACAAGACAUUUCAAUGGAACAUUAAAUGCAAAUAAAUCGAAUAAUGAUCCAUUACAAUUUGUUAAAAUUCAUCCUAAUCAUGAUUUAAUUGAACGUGCACAAGAACAAUUAUCAUUAGCUGAAUCAAGAAAACGUUUACAAGAAAAUUAUAAAAUAACUAAUAAUUCACAUGAAAAUAAAGUUAAUGAUGAAGAAGUUGAUUGGUCUAAGGCCGUUGAAAAUUGGCGACAAAAACGUGAACAAAAACGUUCAAAAAAUGUGAAUACAGAUAAUGAAGAAAUAUCAAUAUCACCAUUCAAAAUUGAACCUAUCAGACGACCUGAAGAAAUCAAAAAACCGAUAAAUGAGCCUAUUAGAAAGCCUAUACAUAGUGUCCCUUCACCGCCAAUUGAAAAAAUCAAAUCAAAAAGUCCUUCACCUAUGCGAUUCAAAGGUCCCGCUAAAAUUCAUGAAAUAUAUAUUGAAAAACCUAUUGAAAUACGUGGAUUUGGUUUUAAACUUGAUGGUGGUCGAUCACAAAAUCGACCGAUAAUUAUUUCAGCAAUUGAAGAAGAUAGUCCUGCUGAUAAAGCUGGUUUAUGUAUUGAUGAUGAAGUUAUAUCAAUGAAUAAUGAAAAUAUUGAAAAUCUUACAUUCGAUCAAGUACGAAAAAUUCUUAAAGAACGUAAUUUACGUGGUAGUAUUAAAAUGAUUGUUAAAACUUAUGAAGAUACUAUUGAUGAUAAUUCUCAAACAGUUACAAAUGGAUUUCCGACUGAUCAUAGUCGAACUCCAUCACCACCUAAACAUAUAUCAACUACAACAAUAUCACCAAAUAUUCCAGUACCUAAAACAAAUUCUACACCGAAUAAUUUAUCACCUGUUUAUACAUUUUUACCUUAUACUCCAUCUGAUUCAAUAAAAGUUAAUACUGUACAACAACCAAUUCCAACAUCACCAAUAAAUAUACUUGCACCAAAACCAUAUCGUUCAACUGCGUCAAUUAAUCUCGAUCCACAAAAUAAUCAUGAUUCGAAUAUGAAAUAUACAUCGCCGAUUGAAGCAUUUCGAAGAAUGCUUAAUUCAUCGAAUAUAAAUAAACAUACAGUGAAUGAGAGUAUUUAUGAUAAAGAACUUCAAGAUCUCGAGGCGGAAUUUGAAAAACAAUUGAGAGGAAUUGAUGAGACACAAAAACGAGAGACACCAGUGCCGAAUGAAAAACAACAAAUAAAUUUAUCUAAACAACCACCACCUCGAGUUAUAACCAAUACACCUCUAACAAUUGUUGAACAAUUUCCACCGCCACCGCCGCCGCCAACAUUAUCAUCCGUUCAAUCUGUUUUAUAUGGAAAUUCAACUGUUGAUAAUAAUAUAAAACAACAACGUGAUGAAUCUCCUAUUGCUCAAGUACGUUCCUAUGUUGAAAAACAAAUGGAUCAACUUCAACAAGAUCUUGAAUUUGGCUUUUCACGUGCGCCUAAAAUUCAUUCACCAUCAUCACCAACAUUACCUCGUACUCCAACUCUUGCACGAGAUCAACAGCGACCGGUGAAUAUUCCUGUCGAUUAUACUAAUCCUUCAAUAUCACUAUCUCCACCACCGCCACUACAACAACAACAACAAAACCAGCAACCGGAAUUUUUACGUUCAUCAUUGAAAAAAUCACUUUCUACACAAAAUGAAUUCGAACAAAUUCCAACAAAUCGUACUUAUGGUUUAAAAAUAAAUCCUAAUGAACAAGUUAUUCAUUAUCUUGAUCCAUAUCCUCAACAAGUAUCAUCGGUAAAUUUUACAAAACGUUCUAUACCUGAUUUACCAUCGAUGACAACAAUUCAUCGACCCAGUACAGCACAUUCAUUAGAACGUACAGUUAAUGAAUUAAGAAUUGAAUUACCAGGAUCAUAUUCAUCACAACCACAAGUAAUAAAUCAACAACAAAAAAAAGUGACAAUUCAAUUAAAUGAACAAAUACCACAACAAAGAGUUACUAGUAAACAAUUUCAUACCACACUUAAUCAAGCACCUCGACAACCUCAUGUUGAUGAUAAUGCAUGGAUUCGUAAUAAUCAGAGAAAAACACCAAAUGGACAUAGUAAUGGUCGUCGUUCAGCACCACUUGCUCCACAUCAACAAGAAUUACAGAUAAAUAGACAACCAAUGUCUAAUUAUCAUGAUCAUCAUUCAAGAUAUGAACAACAAAGAAAUUUUGAAUCAUCACCAAAUAAACCAAAUCGAACGAGAUCAGCUGGUCGUACACUGAAUAAUGAACGAGUGUUAUCUGUUAGCGGAAAAUUACAUUGUUCAAGAUGUAAUGAAGAAUUAGGACAUGGUUCAGCUAUGGUUAUUGAAUCACUUAAAUUAUAUUAUCAUAUAGAAUGUUUUCGUUGUUUUGUUUGUAAUGUUCCACUAACAUCAUCUCCUGAAGGUAUUGAUGUUCGUAUACGCAACAAUCGACUUCAUUGUCAAAAUUGUUUUUCUGAUGAAAAUGGUGUGAAAUUAAGUGCUGUGUAA